GAUUUCGCGCAUAAAAAAUCUGGCAACCCUAUAUAUAAACUAUUUGGUAUUUGUUGUAUAAUAUUUCGCUUUCAUCGGUUUUAUUUUUCACCAGGCGUGUUUGAGUUGAUUACUUGUUUACUAUUGAUUCCGAGAUAAGGAAAUGAUUAUUUAAAUUUUUGCAUGCUGAAUGAACCGUUUCUAUCGAAUAACAAAAGGCUUAAAUAAAUAAAUACCAUUGCUAUAUUUUUUGGAAAUGAAGAAAGAUCUGCUGAUAACUUGUCACAGUCUCGAAAAAACAUAAGAAACCGCUCCAACUUCUUAAAAAUGUGUGAUAAAGAAUUUGUGCAACAUUUUCGAUUAACAAAAGAUGCUUUCAAGUACGUGCUAACUGAAGUCAAAGACAAAUUGAAGAAACGUUCCCGUACAUCCGCUUUGUCGGCAGAAUUAAAAUUUGCAGCUACAUUAAGAUUUCUAGUGGAGGGAAGCUAUCAACUUGGAGCCGGUAAUGAUUUUAAUAUAGGUAUUGCGCAGUCGACUAUGUCUGGAGUCCUAAAGGAGGUGCUAGAUUGUCUGGAAGAACAAAUUUGUCCAAAGUGGAUAACAAUGGAAAUGACGAAUGAAGAAAAGAUGGAAGCAAAACAACAUUUUUAUGAAAAUACUCACUUUCCUGGGGUUAUUGGUUGUGUGGAUGGUACCCAAAUUAGAAUAAUUACUCCGUGUAGGGAUCAGCAAUAUUUGUAUUUCAACAGAAAGGGGUUACCAGUCUGAACGCAAUGGUUGUAAGUACAUACAUAGGUUUGGUUAGGUUAGGUUAGAGUGGCUGCCCCGCGCAGAGCGCGGAGCA